GAUGUAUUUGAAAACUUUAGGAAAACUUGUCUCAAACAUUACAAACUAGAUCCAGUUCACUAUUACACAUCACCAGGUCUAGCUUGGGAUGCGUGUCUUAAAACUACAGGUCAACAAUUACAGUUACUACAUGAUUAUGAUAUGUUAAUGAUGUUUGAACGUGGUAUACGUGGUGGAAUAACACAUAUAUCAAAACGAUAUGCAGAAGCAAAUAAUAAAUACAUGAAAGAAUAUAAUCCUGGAAAGGAGUCAACAUUUAUUCAAUAUCUCGAUGCAAACAAUCUUUAUGGUUGGGCGAUGUCUCAAAAUCUUCCAACACAUGGAUUUAAAUGGAUGAAAAAUAUAACAAAAGAAAAGGUAAUGGAUAUUCUUGAGAAAGCAAAUCAUAGUAUGUCAAAUCUUGGGAGUAAAGGUUAUAUAUUUGAAGUUGAUUUAGAGUAUCCACCUCACCUAUGGGAAACACAUAAUGACUAUCCUCUUGCACCUGAGAAGAUGAUUGUUAAUGGUGUUGAAAAACUUAUAUGUCAUUUUAAACCCAGAAAAAACUAUGUUGUGCAUUAUCGAAAUCUUAGACAAUAUCUUGAGUUGGGUAUGAGAAUAACUGCUGUUCAUAGAGGAAUAUCAUUUUAUCAGUCUUCUUGGAUGGAACCAUAUAUAAGAAAAAAUACAGAACUUCGAAAAGUAGCAGCUAACAGUUUUGAGAAAGACUUUUUUAAACUUAUGAAUAAUUCAGUGUUUGGAAAAACAAUUGAAAACAUAAGGAAGAGACAAAAUAUAGAACUUGUUGAUGAUCGUAAAAAAGCUGUCAAGCUAACAAGUAAACCCAACUUUGACAGAGUAACAAUAUUUGAUAAAAAUCUUAUAGCAGUUCAUAUGAAGCGUACAGAAGUGUAUUUUAACAAACCAGUGUAUGUUGGUCAAGCAAUUCUAGAUUUAUCAAAAACACUGAUGUUCAAUUUUCAUUACACAUAUAUUAAAGAGAAAUAUGGAAACAAUGCAGAAUUAUUGUUUACAGAUACGGAUUCAUUGUUGUAUCAAAUUAAAACAAAAGAUUUUUAUAAAGAUAUAAGUCCUGAUAUUUUAACCAAGUUUGACACAUCUGAUUAUCCUCCU